UUUGGAGUGAAAGAGGAAGAGGGGAUAGAGGCUGUCACAGUGGAAAAGGAGGAGGUAGAAGCUUUCAGAAUGAUAAAGGAGGAAGAGGACGCUGGUGUAUUGAAAGAAGAAGAGGAGGAUGUUAUAGUGAAAAAAGAGGAAGAACCUUUUAGAGAGGAAGAGGAUGGUAUCUCAAUAAAGGUGAAGAAGGAAGACGUUUUUGGAGUGAAAGAGCAGGAGGAGGAGACAGAAGAUCAGAUUAACACCAGAGGGAGACAUUACUAUCAUGGAUCCUCUGGGGAGCCUCAACAACAUCCUGAUACUGACGAGGCAGAGAAGAGUCUCUCCAGAUCAGAACCCCUGAUGGACAACACUAGCCCUUCCUCCCUCCCAGAGUCCCUGUGUCGUACCUCUCCCAGUAGCACCUUACUGCUGGGUCUGAAGAGGUUGUCUGUGCGGCUGGUGGACUGCAGGAAAACAACGGGGCUGAGUGGAACUGUGAGAGGAAGAGAAGAGAAGAAAGGAGCAGAUUUGACUCAUCAAAGAGAAAAACCAAAGUCGGAGGAACCAAAGACGUCCAAACCAGCAAGACGACACCUCUGCUCCCAGUGUGGAAAGACUUUUAACCGGUUAGAGAACCUGAAAAUACAUGAGAAGGCACACAGAGGAGCAAAGACACACCAUUGCGCCCAGUGUGGAAAGAGUUUUAACCACUUAGGAAACAUGAAAGCUCAUGAGAUAAUACACAAAGAGGAGAAGCCUUUCCAUUGCUCCCAGUGUGGAAAGAGUUUUAAACGUUUACACACCCUGAAAAUACAUGAGAAGGCACACACAGGAGCGAAGCCACACCAUUGCGCCCAGUGUGGAAAGAGUUUUAACCACUUAGGAAACCUGAAAGCUCAUGAGAUAAUACACAAAGAGGAGAAGCCUUUCCAUUGCUCCCAUUGUGGAAAGAGUUUUAAACGAUUAGACUACCUGAAAUCUCAUCAGCAAAUACACACAGUGGAGAAGUCUUACCACUGCUCCCAUUGUGGAAAGAGUUUUAAACUGUUAGACUACCUGAAAUCUCAUCAGAAAGUACACACAGCGGAGAAGCCUUACCACUGCUCCCAUUGUGGAAAGCAUUUUAACCGGUUAGGAAACAUGAAAGCUCAUGAGCAAAUACACACAGUGGAGAAGUCUUACCACUGCUCCCAUUGUGGAAAGAGUUUUAACCGUUUACACACCCUGAAAAUACAUGAGAAGGCACACACAGGAGCGAAGCCACACCAUUGCGUCCAGUGUGGAAAGAGUUUUAACCACUUAGGAAACUUGAAAGCUCAUGAGAAAAUACACACAGUGGAGAAGCCUUACCACUGCUCCCAUUGUGGAAAGAGUUUUAACCGUUUACACACCCUGAAAAUACAUGAGAAGGCACACACAGGAGCGAAGCCACACCAUUGCGCCCAGUGUGGAAAGAGUUUUAAUGACUUAGGAAACAUGAAAGCCCAUGAGAAAAUACACAAAGAGGAGAAGCCUUACCACUGCUCCCAUUGUGGAAAGAGUUUUAAACGGUUAGACUACCUGAAAUCUCAUCAGAAAGUACACACAUUGGAGAAGCCUUACCACUGUUCCCAUUGUGGAAAGAGUUUUAACAGUUUAGGCAACCUGAAAAGACAUGAGAGGACACACACAAUGGAUAAGCCUUACCACUGCUCCCAUUGUGGAAAGAGUUUUAACCGGUUAGACUACCUGAAAUCUCACCAGAAAGUACACACAGUGGAGAAGCCUUACCACUGCUCCCAUUGUGGAAAGAAUUUUAACCGGUUAGGAAACAUGAAAGCUCAUGAGCGGACACACACAGGAGAGAAGAAUUACUUAUCCUAUCUCAAUGUGGAGUCAGACGAAGCUUUCAGAAUGAAAAAGGAGGAAGAGGACGUUGGUGUAUUGAAAGAAGAAGAGGAGGAUGUUAUAGUGAAAAAAGAGGAAGAACCUUUUAGAGAGGAAGAGGAUGGUAUCUCAAUAAAGGUGAAGAAGGAAGACGUUUUUGGAGUGAAAGAGCAGGAGGAGGAGACAGAAUAUCCGAUUAACACCAGAGGGAGACAUUACUAUCAUGGAUCCUCUGGGGAGCCUCAACAACAUCCUGAUACUGACGAGGCAGAGAAGAGUCUCUCCAGAUCAGAACCCCUGAUGGACAACGCUAGCCCUUCCUCCCUCCCAGAGUCCCCGUGUCGUACCUCUCCCAGUAGCACCUUAUUGCUGGGUCUGAAGAGGUUGUCUGUGCGGCUGGUGGACUGCAGGAAAACAACGGGGCUGAGUGGAACUGUGAGAGGAGGAGAAGAGAAGAAAGGAGCAAAUUUGACUCAUCAAAGAGAAAAACCAAAGUCGGAGGAACCAGAGACAUUUAAACCACCAAGACGACACCUCUGCUCCCAGAUUGGAAAGAGUUUUACCAAGUUAGGAAGCCUGAAAAGACAUGAGAGGACACACACAGGAGAGAAGCCACACCAUUGCGUCCAGUGCGGAAAGAGUUUUAAGCACUCAGGGAACAUGAAAUCUCAUCAGCGAAUACACACAGGGGAGAAGCCUUUCCAUUGCUCUCAAUGUGGAAAUAGUUUUACCAAGUUAGGAAGCCUGAAAAGACAUGAGAGGACACACACAGGAGAGAAGCCACACCAUUGCGUCCAGUGCGGAAAGAGUUUUAACCACUUAGGGAACAUGAAAUCUCAUGAGCGAAUACACACAGAGGAGAAGCCAUACCAUUGUGUCCAGUGUGGAAAGAGUUUUCACCGGCUACACAACCUGAAAUCUCAUGAGCGAAUACACACAGGGGAGAAGCCUUACCACUGCUCCCAUUGUGGAAAGAGUUUUCACCGGCUAGACAUCCUGAAAUAUCAUGAGCGAAUACACACAGAGGAGAAGCCAUACCAUUGCGCCCAGUGUGGAAAGAGUUUUCACCGGCUACACAACCUGAAAUCUCAUGAGCGAAUACACACAGCGGAGAAGCCACACCAUUGCGCCCAGUGUGGAAAGAGUUUUAAGGAGUUAGGCACGCUGAAAGCUCAUGAGCGAAUACACACAGGGGAGAAGCGUUACAAAUGCUCAGACUGUGGGAAGACAUGUUACUCAUCACAGUCACUUAAACGUCAUGUGAGAAUCCACACAGGAGAGAAUAAUUACUUCUCCUAGUGUGUAAAUUGAUAUUUCACAUUGACUUGAAGUUCAUCAGAGGACAUACACAGUGCUCCCAUUGUCUUAUAUUGUUGACUGAGAAUGUGUUUACUUGUUUAUACCAUAUGAAAUGUAAUUAUACAAAGUAUACUCAAAAAUAUAUUUGUGUUUUUAUUAGAAAACAUGAAUUGAAUAUGGAGUGUGUCAGUUUGAAUACAGAGUAGAUCAGAUUCCAUGUGUUUAAAUUGUCCUUUUUUAAACUCUGACUGUGUGUGUUUAUCUGGGUGUGUCAUUCCUCCAGCACUACAGGUAAUCAAGUGAUAUUUGGAUGUGAUGCAUUGGCUCCAUUGUUUACAUUUGCAUUGUUGGCCCACUGAUGAUUUAAUGAAAUGGAAAUGUUCACGGACUCUGUAAUGGAAUUGUUUAAUUGUAUGUGUCCACAUAACUGAGUAUGUGACUAACCUUGUGAAACUGUCCUAUUAUAAACUUCUGUUCUUGGGAGUAUCAUCCUGUGUUGCAAACAAGCUUCCACCUGCGUUCUUGUAUAAAUAAAGUCCUGUCUACACUG